AUGUGGCAGUUGCUGUACCACUGUGCAAGAAAACAGGUCGUCCAGUCUGUGCGGCCAAUGGCAGCGUUUAGACUGGUCUCCUCAGUUCCUCUCAAAGCCAAAUGCACUUCCUGUGGCUACAAACUCCAGAACUCUGACCCAGGCAAGCCAGGGUACACGAAAUACUCGUUUGAGGAUAAUGUGCGAGAGAAGCCCCAAAUUCGAAACCACAACAUUCCACAGGAGAAAGAACAGGCAAUUCUCGAGGAGUUCCGCUCGAUGAUGGGGAAUUUGCCGGUUAAAUCGUCCGAACCCCGUGCAAAAAAAGCAGACGAAAAUCCAAUGUGUCUGCGGUGCUACGACGCCGUCCACCACAACGUGUACAACCCCGAAGAGCACGUGACAAUUUCCGUCGAGGAAGCAAUGAGCGAGAUCCCUUCAAAUGCCAAAAUAGUACAUGUCAUUUCCGCACUUGACUUUCCUCUUGGCGCAACCUCAAAAGUCUUGCAAAACAGAGAUCCAAGCAAGAUCUAUUACGUUAUCACCAAGAUGGAUUUGUUCUUCAAUAAAGACCAGUACAUCAACUCCGAAGGAACGCGAUAUUUUGCCCAGGUACUGCAACGUCUGGUUGGAGCAGACCCAACUAAGGUCCGCUGUGUGACGGCGAGAAACAGAUGGGGAGUGCGCGAUCUCUACUCUUGGCUACCCCAGGGCAAUUUGUAUUUCAUCGGGGAGACAAACUCGGGCAAAAGUCGGCUGAUUGAAAGUCUAUGCAGGUACCACGAGUACGUGAAGAGAGAAGAGAUACAAUCAACUCCUGGAGUCAGCAACUGGCCUGGUUUCACCAGAGACUUUAUGAAAUACACCUUGCAAAAAAGAGACACAACCCUAAUAGACACUGUUGGAUUUGCUCCUCCGCAAGAGGGAAUUUUCAAAUACAUGCUCUCUGAACACAUACCUGCUCUUCCAACCCUGAAAAAACCGCCUACUCAAGAGCCAAAAGACCACCGUCUGCAAUCGUUGAGUGUCAAGACUGCGAAGUACUAUUCAGGAGACAAGGUUUUCAGCAUCGGAGGCUACUUCUAUCUGCGACCUCCUAGCGAUUGUGCUUUGAGGAUAUUUCCCGGCAUGUCAGGCAAGCAAUUCAAUCAGCAUUCCAUCGAAAAAGCGAUUUACACCAGUUUGAACCGAGAACGCGCCGUUGCGUCUAACUUUUCAGUCAACAAACUGGCAGUUCAGCAUCUCGAACGCCACGUGAUUCCCAUCUUCUACGGCACCGUUGAUCUGGUCUUCCGUGAUAUUGGAUUUUUAACCAUUGCUCCAACAGGAAUUCCAAAGAUUCGCGAGCUUUUCGAGCUUUGGAUUCCAAAGGGAGUUGACGUGGUUGUCAGAGAACCGAUUUUCAGAUACAUAUAUCCACGAACGAUGCCUAAAGACCCCAAUGCUCCUAGGUUGUCUAAAUACAGGAAAGUCCCUGAGGACAAGCUAAUCUACACCAAAAUUUUCCCUGUGGACGAGCACAGGACGAAAGCUGAACUUCUGGAGGAGUUCGAUCCAGACGGGUCAAUCCGAGAGCAUUUCGAGUCCGCCGAGUCACAAGACAAUUACAGAAAUCCCGGCUGGGUGCAACCAGAGCUGUAG